AUGACAAGUUCAACAACGCGAAUCGCCAACACCCCCCCAAAAGACAAGACACCAGCUGUGAAUCGGUUUGGUAUAUCCCUAAGAGUCAAGCAAAAGGGCAAUGCGCAGAAAAAUAAGACGGUGCAUAACGAUGACAAAGCAAGGGACUAG